CUGAAGCCCUAGGGCCAGGCUAUGCCAGGGCCUACUGCCCAGCCACAGCUGAGCAAGCCCAGCUCGAUGUGACUGAGUCCCACCCCAUUGCCAGCGGUGCCAAUAGCUUCACCUCCCUGUGUCACCUCAGUGCUAGAGCAACUGGGGACCUCAUGGGUGCCCUGAGAGACCCCCUGGAUCUCACCAAAUCUGCCACAGCUCUCUUGGGACUGUCUGUGCUCCUGCAGCCACAGGACCCCAUGGCAGGGGCAGCUUGCAGGGAGGGUGCUGGCCACUGGCACUACCAGAUCAUGAUGGUAUUUGUCAGCUCCUGCUGUUCCUGUCAGAUUGGUUCCAAGUCCUUGGAGUGCAGUGAACAGCCACUCCCACCCCCCUCUCCACCCAGACCUGUGCAGCGUGUGCAGCCACUGGGGGAAAAGCUGGUCUCCGAAUGCAGUGACACAGAAAAUUCUGUCUGUGUCCACUGUGAGAGUGGACACUAUCAGCAGAGCUGGACCAAGGAGAGGCACUGUGCCCCCCACGAUAUCUGUGAAGACAAUGCUGGCCUCAUCGUGAAGACACAAGGAAACACAACACACAACACUGUGUGUGAGUGCCAGGUUGGCAUGCACUGCUCUGACACCAGCUGCCAGACCUGCGUGGAGAACCAGCCCUGUCAGCAUGGCUUCGGCUUUGUGGCAGCCAAGGCCCUGGCCCGGAUGUCAUCCCCCUGUGAGCCCUGUGCAGAAGGCACCUUCUCCAAUGUCUCUUCUAAAACUGAGCCAUGCCAUCCCUGGACAAGCUGUGAGGAAAAGGGACUGGUGGUGAAGGCAAAAGGGACGAGCACCUCGGAUGUGAUCUGCGAGUCGAGCAAGCGCUCCUCACUGUCGGUGCUGAUCCCCAUCAUGGCUGCAGUCGUCACAUGCCUCGUGGGCAUCUGCAUCUACUGCUUGGUCCACACAAAUCCCAGGCGACGGGUGCAAGAGAUAGAGGCUGUGAAGCCCAGAGAGAUCCUGGAGGCCCAGCAGCCCGUGGAAGUGGAGGAAAUCUUACCUGUGCAGGAGACCCUACUCAGGGGCCAGCCUGUGGCCCAGGAGGAUGGCAAGGAAAGCCGCAUCGCAGAGCAGGAGAAGCUGUGAGAGUGCAGGGCACUGCCUCCAACAGGAGCACAGACUGAGGCCAGCAUAGUCUCCUGCGUUCCCUCUCCAGCCUGGAAGGAAAUCCAGCAUCUGGCCUGGCUGCAACUGAUGUGACACUGCAGCGGACCAUGGCACGACCACCCCCAUGGGGAUGCCAUAGCAGUGCUUAGUCUGGCCGCCUGCCCAGGCCUGCCACGACAGAGCAAAGCUCAGCUGCCUGCACAGGGAUGCAAGAGCAGAGCCUGGUCCCACCACCCUCCUGGGGUGCUGCAGCAGAGCGCAGUGUGGCUGCUCAUGUGCUGACCCCUUGGCAGAGCCUGGUGCAGCCAUGUGCUGGAACUGCUGUGGCGGAACAGAGCAGGGCAGCUGCUCAUGCGGACCCCCCAUGGCAGAGCCUGGUCUGCCUGACCCCUGUGGAUGCCAGGGUGGAGCGUGCCAGCUGCUGGUGUGGGACCCCCCCCCCCCCCCCACGGCAGAGCACAGUUUGGCCACCUGCCUGGGGGGCUGCAGUAGCACCCAGCUGGGCCAUCUGCACAAGGACCCUACAGUUACUGGCCAUGGAGGCUGGGUGGCUGCUGGCACUGGGGCAGGGCAGCAGCCCCCGUGUUGACCCGGACCAGACGGGCUCCGUGGGCACAAAUAAAGGCAGGACUCGCUGUCCUGGCAGUGCCUGCACCCCUCUUCUCUCGGCCGCGGGAUGGGGGUGACAGGACCGGUGCGCGGGGCCAGGCACCGACGCGCGGCGGCCGGGAGAUGGUGCUGCGGGACCGGCGCCGCGUGGGGUGGGACCGUCCGCGCUCGCCUCCAGGGCGGCCCCGCCCUGGGUGGGGGUCUGGGCUCUCUGCGGACACGCUCCCUCCACCGGCCGGUCCCGCGGCGCUGGGCAGCCCGUGGGAGGGCUCCGCUGGGCUCGGGGGACGCCGCCGAGACUGCCCACCACCGCGUUUCUCCACUGCCGCGGCGGUCCCCCCCCCCCCGCCCACUCAGGCACCCACUGGCACGUGCGCAGCCGAGGGCACACGCUGCUGCCGCGUGCCGCGCAGCCCACUCCCCACGCAGCCCACGCGGCUGCAGCGCGCAGCCCGGCCCCGCUGCCUGCAGCCACCCGCGGGGGGAGCUGCCGCAGUCGCGGCCACGGCGCUGCGGGGGGAACGGCUGGACUCGAUUCUUCUUCGCCGCUCCGCUGACAAAAAGCUGUAAUUAAACUUUGUUAUAUUCUC